AUGUCAGGAACGAUUCAAAUAAAAGAACAAAACAUUCCCGAAGUUGUUAAUAGCAAUAGAAACGAAUUGGCAUUAAAAUAUUCCCUUAGAAUUAGUCGUGGAAUUUUACGAGUAAUUGGUGGCUGGCCACUUAACGAAGAAACAUCAACCAUUGAAAUGAUUUAUAGUUAUUUCGCGAACAUCUUAAGUUACUUUUUAUUUACGUUUAUUCUCCUGCCUGGUUUGUUGAGAACAUUUUUAAUCGAAAAAAACGUAAAAGUUCGAUUGAAAUUACUUGGACACCUUGUCUCGACUUCUAUCAAUGCUACGAAAUAUACUAUUUUAAUGGCACGUCGUAAUAAGCUUAGAAAGUGCAUGAAACAUGUUAGAGAUGAUUGGAAAAAGGUUUUAUUGGAAGAUGAUUACGAAUCUAUGAUGUCACAUGCCACAGUUGGUAGAACAUUGGCAGUAAUGUCGGCCUCCUUUAUUUACGGUGCUGGAAUGUCUUAUCGUACAAUUUUACCACUUUCAAAAGGGAAAUUAAUUAUUGGAAAUGUUACGAUAAGACCCCUAGCGUGUCCAAGUUAUUUCGCAAUAUUCAACGAACAAGAAUCACCCGUUUACGAGUUGGUAUUUUUCCUACAAUUUCUCGCCGGUUUUUUUGGUUAUUCGGUCACUUGUGGGGUAUGUAGUUUGGCAACUUUUUUGAUCAUGCACGUAUGCGGUCAACUUGAGAUUCUCAUGAGAAUGAUGAGAGACAUCGUUGUUAGAAAAGAUGAAGAUGGUUUUGAUCCAGAUAAACGUAUUGCUGAGGUAAUUCAACACCAAAUUCGUGCUAAGAAUUUUGUAAAAGAUGUUGAAGAAAUUCUGCAAUAUAUGUGCAUGUUUGAAAUAUUGGGUUGUACUAGUCUUGACUGGGAGAACAGUGAUACGACCGGAUUGGGUACGAAAGUUGCUAUAACUUCGUGCACACUUAAUUGGUAUCGUCUUCCGACGCAAAGUGCACGAAGUUUGGUAUUAAUAAUACUCGCGUCUCAUCAUCCGAUUAAAAUCGUGGCCGGUAAAAUAAUGGACAUGUCAUUGAGUAAUUUUAGCAGUAUAAUUAAAACUGCCGUUGGAUAUUUCAACAUUCUACAUAACAGAAUCUAA